AUGGAAAGGUCCGACAAGCAGGCCUACUCCGGCCCUGAGAAGGAGGUGGCACCCUCUCCGGAUCACUCCUACGACCAUGAUGCCCAGGAUGGAGAAUUGGUGAAUGCUUCUGGUCAUCGCCAGGAAGUUGAGCGAAACUUCAGUCUGAUCAGUAUUUGUGCUGUGGCCGUGACGACUGGAAAUACCUGGAUCGCCCAAGGUGGUAGUGUUACCGUUGCCCUGACCAAUGGUGGACUUUCCGGAACUAUUUAUGAAUUUAUUGCCGUCUCUUUCUGUUAUUGGUUGGUCGCCGCGUCUAUUGCCGAAUUGGCUUCGGGUAUGCCCUCAUCUAGUGGUGUCUACCACUGGGCCACUGUCACCGCUGGCAAGUACGGUCGCGUGUGUGGUUUCUUUGCAGGAUGGUGGAACUGUCUCGCAUGGAUUCUUGGUGCAGCCUCGAUGUCUUUGAUCAUGGCUCAGCAGUGUGUGUCAAUGUAUAUGAUGACCCACCCCGACUUCACACCUUCUACGUGGAAUACUUUCCUCGCCUUUAUUCUUUGCACGUGGUUCUGCUGCUGCAUCGUGCUUUUCAUGAACCGCUUCCUGCCAUACAUUGGUAAUCUCGGCAUGUUCUUCAUUCUCGCUGGUGUGUUCAUCACUAUCAUUGUGUGCGCCGUGAUGCCUCAUGUGAAUGGUACUCCCUAUGCCACCAAUCACCAGGUGUGGGCUGAGUUUGAUAAUGGCACUGGCUACACUCAGACGGGCUUCGUUUUCGUCGCUGGUAUGCUUAACGGUGCCUACAGUGUCGGCACUCCUGACUGUUCAUCCCACUUGGCUGAGGAGAUUCCCAAGCCAAGCCGUAACAUUCCCAAGGCUGUCUUCGCCCAAAUGGGUGUCGGUUUCGUCACUGGUAUCCUCUACAUGGUCGCCAUUUUUUACUCUAUCAAUGACCUUGAGGCUGUCACCGGCUCCCCGUACAACUUCCCCUUGGCUACGAUCUACCAGCAAGCCACCGGUUCUCGAGGCGGCGCUCUUGGUCUCCUGAUUGUCGCCUUCUUGCCAACCUUGAUUACCGCCUCUGGUUGCUACAUCACCGCUGGCCGCACACUGUGGACCAUUUCUCGUGACCGCGCUACCCCCUUCUCUGGCUGGCUCGGACGUAUCAGCCCAACCUUCGGUAACCCCUUCAACGCCACUUUGACAUGCGGAGGUGUCGUCACCAUUCUGGCUUGUAUCUACCUCGGCUCGCAAACUGCUUUCAGCGCCUUUGUUGGUUGCUUCGUGCAGCUGUCCAGUCUGUCAUACUUCUUGGCCAUCUUCCCUCACAUUAUGACUCGCCGUUCGUCUUUCGUUCCUGGAUAUUUCUUCAUGAACAACCUUGUCGGUUAUAUCGUCAACACUCUCGCCUGUAUCUAUAUUCUUGCCUUCGUCGUCAUUUUCUGCUUCCCCUUCGCCAAGGAGGUCACAGCUCAAAACAUGAACUAUGCCAGUCUUAUGACUGGUGGCUUGUCCAUCCUCGUCGCCAUCUGGUGGUUCAUUCACCAGGGCUCAUACGAAGGCCCCAAGUUCGUCCCCUUGACUGACAAGGCAUUGGCGGAUGAUGCGAAAUAA